GGCAGAGGAGCCGGAGCGGGCGAGGAGGCGGCAGCGGCGAUGGUUUUUGUGUUGGACUAUUUGAAUGUGAGGAGGGCUUGGACUGUUUGAAUGUGAGAGACUCCAAAUAAUGAAGACUUGUUGAGGAAUAUAGCAGCCAUGAUAGUAGUGAUGACGGUUGACUCAGGAAAAGGCAGGGAAAGAGCUGGAGCAGUGCCAGCGGCAGGCAGAUGAGGUGACAGAAAUCAUGCUCAACAACUUCGGCAAGGUCCUGGAGCGUGACGGGAAGCUGGCGGAGCUGGAAAAACGUUCAGACCAACUCCUAGAUAUGAGCUCAGCCUUCAGCAAGACAACCAAGACUAUGGCCCGGAAGAAGCGCUGGGAGAACAUCCGUUGCCGGAUCUACUUGGGGGCGAUCGUGGGCGGCAGCCUGGUCAUUAUACUGAUCGUGCUGCUGGCCGUCUUUCUCUCACUGAGCAGCAAGAACAGUGGUGCCUCACAGGCCCAGGGCGCAGGUGCUUCCUCAGGGCCUGGGGACUGACCCAGCUGGGCCUGAAAAAAAGGCCCAAUGCCCACACUGGCUGGUUUUGGUCUUCAGAAAACCCUGGCAUUUGCUCCCAUCUGAGCCACCGCAGUGGGCCCAGAAAGGCAGCCCCAAUUUGUGCACCUUUGUUAUCUCCUAUCACACCACAGACUGGCCCUUGAGGGCAGCUUGCUACACCGGCCAUGCCAGACCAGCCCCAUCUGGAGCUUAGUAAAAGCUGCUGUUUGGUUAAAA